AUGCCAGACGUGGUAUAUGGGGAAACUGGAAACGAUGUUGUUCUACCCUGCCACUUCACUUCUCCCCAUAAAAACUACAUGGGAAAUAUAACUGUACGUUGGCGUAAGGAUGAGGCUUUCGUUGGAGCCCACAUUUUCAGUUGUUCAAAUAAGAAUGAAUUAGACUGCAAGAAAUCAGAUAGCCAUUACUCAUUUUCUGGCAACCUGAGGAAGAAUGACCUCUCGCUGAAGAUAACAGCUGCCAAAUCUGAUGAUGCAGGAAAGUACUUCUGUCGGGUGGAGCUGAGCAACAGAGCAGACACGUUUGAAAGUUCUAAAGGAACUGAGCUGAUUAUCUCAACAGUUCAUCCAGUGUUGAUUUUCUUUACGGUUGUAUAUUCCUCUGGUAUACUUUCUCCUCUAGAGUGGUCAAUUUCCGUCCCAGAGGCUGUAGAUGGUGAGAUAGAAAAAGACGUUAUGCUCCCAUGCAGCUUCACAGGACAGCACGAAGACAUGACUGUGGUUUGGAGGAUAAAGCACCAUCUCACUGGACCCAUCAUCUUCACAUGCUUGAGCAAGCUGGACCCCUCAGGGAAAGACCAGAACUGUUCUGCUUCAGCUGGACGCUACUCCAUAUCUGGCAAUCGAGAAACACAAAACAUCUCUCUGAUGAUAAAGAAUGCGAGAGUCACUGAUGAAGAGAAGUAUUACUGCUGGGUGAAGCUUGAGGGAAGCACCGACAGAUAUGAAAAUCUGAAAGGAACGCAAUUAACUGUAAAGGUGCCACGUGUUCUAGAGAGCAUUUACAUUCGUACUUAUGGGUCUGGAGAGCAGUUUGUGACCUGUGAUGUCAUGGGGAGGCCUCCUCCAGUGGUCACUUGGAUAGAGCCUGAGAAUAUUUCCUCAUCCAUGACAUCAGUCAAAGCAAGUCUCGUCAGAGCUUCAUAUUCUGUCCCUGUAUCUCUGCACAACAGCAGAUAUACCUGCCAAAUAUCUGAUGAAAAGGAGCCACAGCAACUGUCCUUAUUCCACCACAAGCUGCCAGAGCGUCAAGACAUGUGGAUCAUUCUUCCAGUCUUCAUGGCCUUUUUGAACCUUUUUUCCAUUUCUUUCACAGUAUCAAUCAUUUUGAUAGCGCUUUAUAAGAAUGGUACGCAGCAUCCACAGGUGUCAUUUCGAGAGUGA